AUGAAUGUGUUCGAUAUGUUCGAUUUCGAUUGUGACGGCUUGCUCUCCAGAAGCGAAUAUGACGCAUUUGCUAUCGCCACCGGUGAUACUCCGCCAGACGACGAGUGUGAAGCGUUUUCUGGUGAUGAACUUGCAAUCCCGGAUAUUUGGGAGUCUUUGUAUCGACUUGGAUACAAUGAUGGCCUUGAACUUCAACAUGCUUGUUCAUUCAUGAUUGAAGUGGAAAAUCACGGCCAAAUAGUAGAUACAGCCCGACUGCGCACAAUGACGAGAUCAGAAAGGGACCAAAUCCUUCGUGGUCUAUACCAACGCGGAAAAACAGACGCUGGCUCACAACUUGAUGCCCACAUUUUCACUACCGGCUACUUUGGAAUGAUGAUCGUCCACAACACGAAGAAGGAUGGAGAUAAGACGUAUCGAGUAGAAAUCACAAAAGAAGAAAAUGUGAAGUGGAACUUCUAUCAUGGCAAGGAUGACAUCGACCUGACAACCAGUGGUGAUUGGAUACUAGUGUGCUCGUAUAGCGCAACAGCGAUCGAUCAUUCCGCCGAGUUCCACCUCGUCGAAGAGCCGCCUGAGACGGACAAUGGCCAAACUGCUUAUACCUGA